AAACGAUUCCAGUACGCACGUGGAGGAAACAUAUUUAUUUACAUCUCACUUUUUCAACAUUAGGCGAGUUUGACAGUAAGAAAAGUGAAAAUGGGGAAAUCGUCGAAACACAAGUCAGAAAAUACAUAUAGAUUUCAAUCCUUUACAGAAAGGAUAUCUGCUGUGAAUAUUGAUGUGAUUCACAAAAUACGCCACUAUGAUGACACUCAAGGGGAACAAGAGACAUAUUUUGGAGAAGCACUCACUUUGUGGUCAGAACUUAACUGUACAGAGCACUUCAAAUUGUUUCAGCAGGAGAUAAGUGGACAAGUGAAUACAUUUACUCAGCUCGUUCAUCAUGAGGAUGAGAUUGUAGCAGCAUUGAAGAAACAUCUUCAGGUAGCCAGAACACUGGCCUACGAGCCACUUCUUGAUCUUCUGGUGCAGCUGGCGCGAGAUCUACAGACUGAUUUCUACCGACAUUUUGAGGAUUUCUUUGUCAUCCUUGUCAAGUUGCUUAAUGCAAACUCUCACGACACGGACAUCCUGGAGAAGAUGUUUUCCAGUCUGGCCUACAUUUUCAAGUUCUUGUGGAGAUAUCUCGUUAAGGACAUUCAGAGUGUCUUUGGAUAUUUCUCUUCUCUUCUUGGUGGUCAGUAUAAAGACUACAUUCAGAAGUUUGCAGCUGAAAGUUUCGCCUUUUUGAUGAGAAAGGUGAAGGACCAUCAUGAUCUGUUUGACUUUCUUUUCUCCUGUCUCGAACAAGACUCUGAUAAAGCUCAUGGGAUAGGUCAGCUUUUGUUUGAAAUGAUGAAAGGAGUCAAGCACCAGUUUCACAGUAUCACAGACAAGGUAUUGCCUCUGUUGUUGUAUAAAACUGGCCCAUGGAAUCCAGAAGGUAGAAAGUGCAAGUUGCCGUGGUCACAAGUGGAGGGAGCGUUGCGUCAUUUCAUGGGGAGCUGUGCCGAUUACACCUCAAAGGAACACGCUGCCCAACUGUGGUCAGUUUUGUUGAACUGUACAACAAGCGUCCUCAGUUCAUGCAAGAAGUGUACCAAGAAGCAGCAGAAAGAGUGGGAAGAUCAGGUUUGCCGUCUGCUCCGUUUGAUGUGUGUGUGGCUGGAACACCACCACGGAGCCAUUAUCACAGACCCAAAACAAGUGGCAAAUACUCUAAUUCAGAUUGUGAAGGAAGCUCCAAAUCCAGAACAUAUUGGGGAAUCACUGCUGGAUGCAAUUUCAUUGGUUCUCAUCAUGUCACAUGACCAUCUACCCAUGGAUGUAACUGUCAGACUAGUGUCACAGGUUUAUCAAAAGGGGUACAAAGUUACUGAUCUGGCAGAAUUCACCAAAAAAUUGUUUGACUUGCCAAUCUUUGAAAAGGACAUACUGCCCAAUCUUCUGGGCUGGCUGCACUGUGUGCCUCUCGAUGACACAGCGUCUGACGUUUGUCUCGGCCUGGUCACCAGACUCCUCCUACACAAAGUCAAACAGCCCAAUGAUGGGUCAGAUUUACAACAGAUCCGCUCUUACAACCUCGAUUUCUCAACUGUUUUACGCAGCAGAAAACAAGCUGGCAGAUUCCAGAAGUUGAUUUUAUCACUGCUGACGACGGAAUGUGAAGAUAUUCGACAAGAACCAGGCUAUCUCAGUCAGAUGUGGGCAGCUCUGGUUUGUGUUCCUCAUAUCAGCCCGGUUGUAAAGUCGGAUGUCAUGGAUGGUAUCAAGAAAGCCUGGAGCACACUUAAAAGUUUGUUAUCAUCUAGUGAAGAAAAACAGAAUGUUCUCUUUGUGAUGGAACAAGCAGUUGUCUCCCUUCUGUCACUCACUGACGAUUCACUUCUGUAUCUGUGUUUGCCGUGGAACGACAUCAAACAACUUUUACAACAGUUUCCCAGUAACUACCAUGUACUGAAGAUGGCCGAUCUCUACCUCAGCCAAGCUCUGAUUGACGAAGUUUCUGAUAUGCUGCUCGAACAUUGUCUUCUUGACAUAUUUGGUUUCCUGGAAAAGAACUUGGCAUCUUGGUCACAUCCAGUGCGUCUACUGUCUCUUCACAUUCUGUCUCUGUUUCCAGUGAAGCUGCCACAGGUUGAAGAUGUAACUUCAGAUCGUCUCAGUGUGUUUGAGAUAUGUCUGGCUGCAGAGCGUUGCCCACUCAGUGUGUACAACUACCGUGACCGACUGAUGCAUCUCCAGAAACUCGACCACGGCCUUGUACAGUCGUGUAUUCCGGCCGGACCGUUCAGCAAGGUUCCAUUGCUGUAUCUGAUAGGCAGUGUCUUCCUCAACUUCAAACUGCUGUGGGACCCACUGAGAGUUCUGAUCUCCAGUCAUGCUCAGGGGCUGGAGAAAAGUGCAUUCUGGGAGGUCUAUUGUGAACAUCUCGUCAACGGUGCUAGCAUGGCAGAAAAGAGUUAUGAAGGCAGUCGAUUACAGACAGUGUCAGACUCCAACAAGUCAGUGUGUAGUGACUCAAACCACACGUGUGUGUCCGGCUUGUUCAACCAGCAGACGGCAGGGAGUGUCGACACAGACAGUCGCCCGGACUUCACAAACUUCCGUCUGCAGCUGUGGAAGUCCAUGCAUCUCUUCUCAGACAAGUGCGAGCCCAAAUCAAGAGAGAUCUCUCCUUUGUUCAUUCGCUUCCUCAGCAAUGAGUAUUUUCCAUCAGAUUUAAGUGUUGCUCCAACACAGAAUAUUUCUGAUCGUGGAUUGGACGAAUCACAGGAAGUUGAAGAAGACGUGGAUGGAGAUCAGUCAGAAGAGGAUGUGACAUCACAUCCUGUCAAGUCUGGUGACAGGACCACAAAGAGAAAAGGAGUUACAAAAUCUCUGCUUGUACAUCUUGAAUUAUUCUCCAAGUUUAAAAAUCCCAAAUCUUUGUACCUGGAACCAGAGCUAAACAAAUAUUACUUUGAGUUUGUGCAGCACAAGAACAAUGAUGUACAAAAGAUGGCAUUCCAGUGUUUAAUGACAUACAAGCCUGCAUAUCUUGUGCCAUACCGUGAGAACUUCCUGCGCAUUCUUGAUGAUAAGACGUUUAAAGAAGAGAUUGUCUUGUUCAGCAUUGAUGAAGAGUCCAGCAUUAUCAAAACUGAACACCGAAACGAAUUACUCACAGUUCUUAUGGGGAUUCUGUUUGGGCGGAUGCAGAGCAAGGCUGGGAAGGACACGACUGGCCGUGCGAAGAGCAGCGUGCGCCAGUCUAUUGUGUUCCGCUUCCUUGCUGGCUGCUCCAUGGACGAACUUCACACGUUUCUCGACCUCGUCUUCAAGCCAUGUCAACAGUUGAUUACAGCUGAUCCUUGUACCAUGAUUGACGACAUUAAGAACACGCUGAACCUUCAGGAGGUGAUGCCGCUACGCAGGAUGAAAGGAAUAUUGAACACAAUGGCUGUGAUAACCAACAAACUGGGUCAUAUGAUCGAGAGUUAUCUCCCGUCUCUGUUGCGCAUCAUCGUUGGUCUGGCAUCAACCUGUGCAUUAUGCCUGGAGAAACGGGAAGAGGUUAAAUCCAGUGCUGUUAUUUCACUGAAGAUUGUUCGACGUCUCGCUUCUGCAAGGAUUAUAAGUUUUUUUGAUGAGUUUGAUAACUAUCCGUUCAGCAGUGAAGAGAUAGAUGCAGUCUUUCAAGCCUUCGUUUGGCCUCAGUUGUCAAAACUUCCCUUUGAGGGCGUGUACAGUCCCACACCACUGAUGAAACUGUUUGAAGUUUGGAGCAAGAACUCAAAAUUCCAGCCACUUUUAGCCAUGUGCGACCCUGCAAAUCCAGAGUUGUCCCCCUUGUCGAGUGUUCUGGUAUUGCUGAACUCGAAGGACACUUCACACAGUGUGACAGAGUUCAUCCUGACACUUGUAGAAAAUCUCCUACACGAGGAUGAUGCCGUGGAAAACUCCGCUCCUUCACCCUGGACCGACAAGUUACCUAGCAAAGUUUUGAAAGAUCUCGACUUCAGUCAAUCAGACAAUGACAGGAAGUCGGUCGGUGCUUGUCUCGUCCUGCCUCACGUUCCUGUCAUCCUGACCUACUUGAAGAAAGCCGUCUCCUCGCUCAAGUCAAAGGCCAAGGACCAAAAACAAGGAUCCUACACGGGGCUCAAAAUUCUGGCCAAAGUGAGCCAGUUUGCCACUGAUGAUGAACAGUGUUCCACACUUUGUUCACUUCUAUUCCCAUUUCUUGAUGUAAAAAUUAAAAAAGGACAAAAGGUUGAGGAAAACAUCUUGCAGAGCAUUUUAAAUCUAGUUAGUUCUGUCCUGAAGCCUGAGCAGUUUUACAGGCCAGUAGCAAAGCUGUUUUCAGUGAUUACUGUUCGUCAGUCAAGGAUUUUAGUCUGUGACAUUUUCAAGACUAUUGGCAGAAGAGUUGAGAAAUAUGAACAAGUUGCUGAUUGGGUGGAAAAGUUAAAUGCGUGGGACAAACGUCGCACCGAGGAGCCCGACUACACCGUGCGAUUAGAGACGUUCCGGGCCAUCAACCAGUUCAUGGGUCAGAUGGAGGCUCUCGACAUCGAGUUCUUCCUUCCCAUCAUGCACAACUGCUGCCAUUUUAUUCUGACAGUUGAUGACCUGUCACUGCGUGACAACUCGACAUACAGCCUGACGACGAUCCUGUCACAGUUCACGCGACUUGGAUAUGAUCAGAACGUCUUCCGGGAACUCGUCUCCCAGGGCCUGCUGGUCCAGGUGAAGUCCGGACUUCACAGCAAGAACGAGAGUGUUCGUCAUGAGUUUUUCACUCUGUUGGGAACUCUUGUGAAGACAUUUGCAGACAACUCAACAUUUGAGGGUUUGAUAGUUUUACGUGAUGUCGACCCUGACACAGAUUUCUUUGAAAAUAUCCGACACAUACAGGUCCACCGGCGGGCGAGAGCGCUGAGGAAACUGAUGAUGCUGUUAGAACACCACAGCUUCCGCCGAGAGAUGAUCAUGUCGUACUUCUGGCCGAUCGCCACGACUUUCAUUCUUGACCCGAUCUACGCAAAACUCUCCGUCCUCCAUGACGCCGCGGUCCCACUCAUUGGAGUCCUCUGUAGGCUGUUGCCAUGGCAACUGUAUUCCAGUCACCUCAAGUUUUUUCUUGGCUUGUUGCCAAAGAGGCUGGAAAGUCAGAAGCUGCUUGUAAGAGUGAUUGUCUCGAUCCUGGAUGCGUUUCACUUCGACCUGACUCAGUCUGGACAUCACAUGAGCAAGGCUCCUGCUGCUGUGCAGGACAAGAUGGCUGAAGAUCCAGAAGUUACACCAGAUGAGAUACCUGCAGACACUUCCACAAUGGACGCUGCAGUCAAGGCUGAUGAAGAUGAAACGGACAGCAAAGACGAAGGAGGAAACACCACACAGAAAUCUCUAACAGCGGGUGGAAAGCAGCUCUGUUCUAGUAACCUAGCAACGAAAAUCCACGUCCAGAUUCUUCAUGUUAUUAUUCCACAACUUCACAAAGUCCUCACUCAGAAGGCGCGCAGUGACAGUGAGCACAAGUCCGUGAGAUCGAAGUAUGUUGAAGAUGAGGAGAUUCUACGAGUGCCACUCGCGCUGGCCAUGGUGAAACUCCUCCAGAAUCUACCGCACGGCUCGCUUGAGAGGAACCUGCCCGGCAUCCUUUUGAAAGUGUGUCACUUCCUGAAGUCUCGUGCGAGAGAUAUUCGACAGACGGCUAGGGACACCCUGUUGAAAAUGAGUCUGACCCUCGGUCCUCGCUACUUACCCUACAUCCUGUCCGAGAUGAAGGGAAUACUCAAGAGGGGGUAUCAGGUUCACGUUCUUGGCUACACAGUGCACUUUCUGUUGAAACACAUGUCUCCAAUAAUCGAGGCGGGUGACCUGGACGCAGCUCUUCACAACCUGCUGGAGAUUUUCACCGAGGAGUUGUUUGGCACUGCGUCUGAGGAGAAGGAUGUCCAGGAGAUCGCCGCGAAGACGUUUGAGGCGCGCACGACCAAGAGUUACGACUCCUACCAGAUCGUCGCGCAGUACAUCGGACACGGCUGUCUGAUGCGCCUAAUAGCACCGGUGAAAGACAUCCUGGAGAGCACACACAGUCACAAGGUAGCUCAGAAGGUUCAGGACAUCCUACGUAAGAUCUCGCACGGCCUGAUGGAAAACAAGUCUAUACCCAUCGAGACGCUCAUGCUCUUCAUUCACACACUGACCUUUGACACCGUUCACACGCUGCAAGACCAAACCAAAGAAAAACCCAGAAAGAAGGCCCUUGACCCCAGAAUUCAACCUCCAAGCUGUUUACUGCUACAGCCAGCUCUUCCCCGCGGAGGUGAUAAACCGAAGACAGCAAAGAAGACAAACAUCCAUGUGAUUGUCGAGUUUGGACUCCAGCUUCUUUACUUGUGCUUGAAGAGAUCAUCUCUGGUUGCCAGUGACAACCAGCAUCUGCAGCUUCUGGAUCCACUGAUUGGUCCUCUGGCUGACUGUCUGGAAUCCAAACACAUAAAAAUCAACACCUACAGUAUGCGCUGUUUGUUGUGGUUACUGAAGUUUCCCCUUCCGUCAUUGAAAAUCCACAUUGAGAAGAUUGUCAAUGGAUUGUUUGUCUUGCUCAAGAAUUACGCAACUGCAGGGGCUGCCAAGGGAGACAACUUGGAGCUGGUGUUCACCUGUUUUAAGUGUGUCACUGUGUUGCUGAGAGAGGUAAAGUUUUAUAAGAUCGACACGUCAAAACUGCACGUUCUGUUGACAUUUUGUGAAGAGGAUCUGUACGACUACACCCGACAGAGCUCUGCAUUCGUACUUCUUAAGGCCAUAUUGUCGAGGAAGCUUGAUGUUCCAGAACUUCAUAGUCUCAUGGACAAAGUGGAGAAGGAAGCUAUAGUUGCUGAUAAUGCACACAUGCGGUUACAAUGUCGACAGAUCAUUCAGCAGUAUUUGCUGGAUUAUCUGCUAGGAAGGAAGUUAAUAAAGCACCUUGAGUACUUUGUUGCCCAACUCUCCUACAGCGUGGAGUCGGGCCGCGAGUCCACACUUGAGAUGAUGGCCACCAUGUUCUCAACAUUCCCAGAGAAACUGCUGAUUAAGCAUGCUGGGAUGUUCUUUGUGCCGAUGGCUGUAGCUCUAGUCAAUGAUAACUCCACAAGAUGUCGCAAGUUGACAGCUCUCGCAAUAAAGCUACUUCUAGAAAAGAUUGAUGCUGGAACGCGUGACGGUCUGUUUAACAUCACACUAGAGUGGUUUAAAGACAACAAGGUGCAGCACCGGACCCUGGCCGCCCAGCUGUGUGGGUUGUUUGUGGAAGUGGAGGCGGCGGGCUUCAACCACCGGCUGGACAACGUGCUGCCUCUCGUAGAGCAGCAGAUCAACCCCAGCAGAUACCACGACCUCCAGACGCAGCAGCCUGAGUCUGACCAGUCGGCUGACCAUUUCCUGUACAACACACUCAACACCCUGGCCAAGAUCCUGCAGCACUGCGACGUCAUCGCCAAACCACAGUGGACCGAACAACUUAACACCAUAUGGGAACACAUUUAUGCUCAUCUCCAGUACGCACAUGCCUGGGUGCGACUGGUUUCUGCUCAGCUGUUUGGCCUACUGUUUGCCUCAUGGACUCCAGAAGAUCUUUGUCAAACUGAAAACCAGUCUAGUGACAAGCUCUCCCAGUACCUACAGAUUGAUCUUACUGAAAAGGUCAAGCAGCUGAUUUAUGCAUUUGUCUCUCAACUCCAGUCUCCAAUACUGGAUCAGGACCUGGCUGAUCAGGUUGUGAAGAACAUGCUGUUCCUGGGAAGUGUGGUGAUACUGCUGUCACAACAUGACGUGGAUGUCAAGCCGUCUGACGAUGCGGAAACCUCACCUCAACAACCGCUGUCAGUGAGAUGGAUAACGAGGAAAAUGGUGCGAGAAGCCAACCACGAAGCUGUCAUCUCCCCGAGGAAAACAAUCAAGAGAUCCAGUGUUUUCAAGUGGCUGGCCGCGUACAGUCUAAAGCUGGACUCGGAGUGUCUGACAGACAUUCUCCACAUAAUUCUGCCUCCUCUACAGAGAGAGAUCACCAGACUCACUGAAGACAGCUGCUUGAAAACUCUAGCCCAGGAAGUGAUAAACCUUCUGAAGAAGACGGUUGGUGUCGAAGACUUCACCAAGGUUUUCAUCAGUGUCCAGCAGUCACGAUCAGCUAGAAAGGAAACCCGCAAGAGGCAUCGGGCUAUUGAGGCUGUGUCCAAUCCUGAAAUUGCUGCGAGGAAAAGACUCAAAAAGAAUCUACAGAAGAAGGAAGCAAAAAAGAGAAAAAUUGAUCGCAAAAACCCGUCAAAGAAAAUUAAAAGGAAAAGGUUGCUUGAUAUGGCAAUUGUUCAAGAUGACUGAAAUGGUUAUAGUUAGUGACAUUUAUUUCAAUGACGAUACGGGAAUUGUUAUAUAUAAAAAAUUAAUAAACUGUAACAUAUUUUAUUGUGAAAGAAAUACUGGUUAUAUAUAAAAUACUAGUAAACUGUGACUUGUUUUAUUGUGAAAACGAUUCUACUUUAAAGUUUUUUCAAUAUUAAUAAAUAUUGUUUAUGAAAUUGUGAAAAUUAUUUUAUUUAUAGUGACAAGCACACUGAAAUGGUUACCUUAUAAAACAACCAUUUUGGGGAUUUUCAACCAUUUUUCACAAUCAUGCUAAAUUGUGAAGCAUAUGUACCAAAUGCCAUAGACAUGAACAAUUAGUACAUGGGUAUUUUUUGACAUAACAUUAUAAAUUGGUAUUGUGGUAUUGUGAUGGACAUGAUGUCAUAUAAUGUUUUAUGAUGUAUUUGUGUAAUAUUGUUCCCUUCUCUAGGUAAUAAUCCUGUAAAUACAUGGCUUCUGUAAAUACAGUUUCUAUCUUUA